CUGGAGAGGUUGCCAUAAGGUGUGAGGAUGUUUCCAUCUAUUUUUCCUUGGAGGAGUGGGAGUAUAUAAAAGGAAACGAGGCCCUUCUCAGAGAAGCAAUAAAGGAGAAAGAGCCCCAGCAAUUCCGCCCACCGGACGGUGAAUAUGAAGAUAAGAGAGAGAUUCCAGCUGAUCUGGGAGGAACAUUAUGUUAUAAUAAUGAGCCAAGCAAGAUUGGGGCUGAAGGAGCAGAUGGCAAUCCCACAAGCCCUGAAAUGUCUCCAGCAGAACAGCCUUCACCAGCCAAUGGGAUUAAAGAGGAGGCGGCUUCAUGUGAAGGGGAAAACCAAUCAGAUUGCAGCAUUAAUCCCCUUACAGAACAGAUACAGGGAACAGACACACCUACUCCUAUCAUGGGGUGCAGCCCGAGUAACAGCUCUGCAGAUGAUUAUAAAUCGGUUGUUAUUAAACAGGAAUAUUCAUGCGAAGGAGAGAACCAAUCAGAUUGCUGCAUUAAUCCACCUACAGAACAGAUACACGAAACAGACACACCUACUCCUAUCAUGGGGUGCAGCCCGAGUAACAGCUCUGCAGAUGAUUAUACAUCGGUUGUUAUUAAAGAGGAAUAUUCAUGCAAAGGGGAGAACCAAUCAGAUUGCUGCAUUAAUCCCCUUACAGAGCAGAUACAGGGAACAGAUACACCUACUCCCAACACGGAGACGUAUAACUGUUCUGAGUUACAUAAACCCUGUAAAACUAAGGCCAAUUUUAUCAUGCACCAGAAAACUCACACAGGGGUAAAACCAUUUGUCUGUUCUGUGUGUGAGAAACGUUUUCUGUGGGAAACAGACUAUAUUGUACAUAAGAGAAGUCACACAGGAGAGAAACUGUUCUCCUGUUCUGAAUGUGGAAAAAGGUUUCGCCAUCGUGUACCUCUUAUUGAGCAUUACAGAACCCACACAGGAGAGAAACCCUAUUCCUGUUCUGACUGUGGGAAAGGUUUCUCACGUAGUUCAGACUUCAACAGACACUGCCGAAUUCACAGACUAGAGAAAUCAUGUAUUUGCUCCAAAUGUAACAAACAGUUCACAUCUCACUCAGAGCUUAUUGUGCAUCAAAGUAGUCACGUCGGAGAGGGACCAUAUUCUUGUUCUGAAUGUGGGAAACGUUUUAACUGUCCCUCAAAACUUACAAUACAUGAGAGAAUCCAUACCGGAGAGAGGCCUUAUUCAUGUUCCGAAUGUGGGAAGGGCUUUAAAGAACGCACAACUCUCAAUGCCCAUCUAAGAAGUCACACAGGGGAGAAACCAUUCACUUGUUCUCAGUGUGAGAAAUGUUUUACUCAUCGCUCAGAUCUUAAUAGACACCUGGCACUUCACAAAGGAGAAAAACCAUUUUCUUGUUCUCAGUGUGGGAAAUGUUUUACUCAUCGCUCAGAUCUUAACAGACACCUGAAAUCUCAUAAGGGAGAAAAACCAUUUUCUUGUUCUCAGUGUGGGAAAUGUUUCACUCAUCGCUCGGAUCUUAACAGACACCUGAAAUCUCAUAGAGAAAGACCAUUUUCUUGCUCUCAAUGUCUGAAAAAUUUCACUUCUUCUUCACAGCUCAAUGCACAUCUCAGGGUUCACUCAGGAGAGAGUCCUUACUCUUGUACUGAGUGUGGGAAAGGUUUUAAACAUCCCUCAUACCUUGUUGCACACCAACGAAUUCACACAGGGGAGAAACCAUUCAGUUGUAGUGAAUGUGGGAAAUGUUACCGUGAUCACGCAGGCCUUUAUUCCCAUAAAAAAAGUCAUGCAGGGAAGAAACCAUUCACUUGCACUGAAUGUGGGAAAUGUUUCUCUAAGGCUGCAAGCCUUACAUACCACAAAAAAAUUCACACAGGGGAGAAACCAUUCAGUUGUACUGAAUGUGGGAAAUGUUACCGUGAUCAUGCAGCCCUUAAAUUCCAUACAAGAAUUCACACAGGGGAGAAACCAUUUGCUUGCAAUGAAUGUGGGAAAUGUUUUUUGUAUCGUUAUCAGCUCACUGCACAUUCCCAGUUACACACAGGGGAGGAACCAUUGCCUGACAGUAACUGUACUGAUACACAGUGAGUAACAUAUGAUUAUGACGCUAACAAAUUAUGAUUCCUUUUGGUUAAUGUAUUCUUAAUCUUCAAUAAAUGUUUAAUAAUCCUCAGAGGUAAAA